CACGGGCAACCUUCCAUGUCCAAACGAAGGCGCAUCGCGGACCCCGACGACGUCAACGGCAUUGAUUUGACGGAAGACGAGCCCGAACCAAGCAUACACGCCACGGAGUGCACGAUCUGCUGCGAGAAGUGUGUGACCAGUGGCGACCACCGCUUGGCGAGUCUCGCGUGCGGCCACUUGUUUGGCUUGAGUUGCAUCGAGCGAUGGGUCAAGCAGAGCAAGUCGUGCCCUGUGUGCAGUCAGCCCGUGAAGCGCAACGACGUGCGUGUGCUGUUCACGGACACAGUUGCUGUCGUGGACAACAGUCGACAGGAAGAGUUGAACCAAAAGUACCUGGCCGAGAAGGCGGCGCGCACGGCGGUACCUCGUUCGCUGAUUCCUCACCCCAUUAUCAUUGUCGCGCUCUUGUGCACAGAUGGAAAUGGAAGUUGCGAAACUCAAACUUCAGCACGCCGCCCUGCAGUUCGAAUGCGAUAAGCACAAGAAUCGCGUGAUGGAGCUCCUCGAAGAAAACUCCAUGCUAAAGACCUGUGGCCCACCUCCUCCUUCUUCAUCCUCCUCGCGGCUCGGUGUGCCUUCCCAACGCCUUGACCACGAAACUUGGGCGUAUGGCAAAGUCGCCUCGAUUCCAUGCUCGGACGCCCGCGUCUGCGCUAUCGCGCUGCGUGGCGACCUCCUCGCAGUGGGUACCAAGUUGACUCGCGACACCCACGGACUCGUGCAGGUGAGUUUGUUGGACACGCAUCACCGCGCGACGAUUCCACUGCACCGCCUCGCGAUCCGCGACGUAGCCAUCCGAAACGACAGCAAGUACAUAGCCACGACAGCCAUGGACGGCAAAUUGCACGUGACAAGUCCAAGCGCCCAGCAGUCGAUCUUGCACUUCGACAUGCCUGAACGCCACGGCUGGUCUUGCUGCUGGGAUGUGUCCAACGCGCAUCAGCUGUGGGUUGGCCACCAGAACGGCACGCUCUCGCGCUUCGACAUGCGCAAGCCCGGCACGGACGUCCUUGAGACGUUGACCCAUCAGUUUCGACAACCCGUCCACGCCGUUCGGUCCCUGGGCCUCGAAUCGAAUAUCUCCGUGGUGGUUGCCGCCACGUUCAGUGGUGUAUCCAUCUGGGGCGCUUCCGACACAGCCCAGCCACUGGUCCACCACAUGCACAUGGAUAUCAAGAAUUGCUGCGCCAUGGCUAACAACCCGAGAUGUCCAAGCCAGCUGGUAGUGUCGACUCGAACGGCGGCCACGACCAACACCACCGCCUCAACGACGACGACCUCUCCCGCCCAGCAUUUUGUCGUGUCGCUCCGGAUCAACCAAGACGACAUGCUCGUGGAAACCGACGCUGACGGUGUCUUGCAGGGCCAUUCCACCCCCAGCGCCCUCACACGCUCGGCGAUCUGGUCGAAAUUUGACGGCGCCUCCAAAAAGGACAGCCCGGUCGUCGGGUCAGGCGAUGUCGGGGCACACGAAGUCAAAGUCUGGGACGUUGCCACGUCAUCUGUCGUGCAUCACUUUGACGCGCCGCAACCCGUCGUGGACAUUCAGCAUGGCUGGGUGCUUCCGACAAAUGACGCGAUGCCCACAGGAGGGUUCCUGGCGGUACUGACCAACGACGACCUAGCGCUGUACAAAGCUUCGAUCCAUGCGAAGUAGCUCGAAUGAGAGCCAUCCCCUAUUUAAGUAACAAGCGGAGUUUUCGUCGUCCAA